AUGGUUAGCAUUACAUUUAAGAAUUUCAAAAAGGAAAAAGUGACUUUAGAUUUAGAUCUUUCAUUAACUGUUCUCGAAGCUAAAAAUGAAUUAGCACAAAAUCAAUCCUGUGAAUCAGAUCAAAUUAAAUUAAUCUUUUCUGGGAAAGUACUACAGGAUACUAAAACUUUAGCUGAAUCUGGUUUAAAAGAUGCAGAUCAAGUCAUAAUGAUGAUAUCAAAGAAGAAAUCUACAACUACAAAGGUUACAGAGGCUCCUACUGCUGCAGCUACUACCACUACCACUACCACUGCUACUACUGAUACUACACAAACUAACACCACGGCCGAUAUUGAAAGUACUCCAGCAACAACAGAUGCUAAUGCAACCACUGCCACCCCGGUUGCUGUUGCAGAAACAGCUACUGAUGAAACAGCUUCAUCUACAGGGUUUGUUGUAGGUACUCAAAGGAAUGAAACUAUAGAGAGAAUAAUGGAAAUGGGUUAUGAAAGAGAGCAAGUCGAGAGAGCAUUGAGAGCCGCAUUUAACAAUCCAGACAGAGCUGUAGAAUAUCUUUUAAUGGGUAUUCCUGAAAAUUUACGUGAUACUCAACCACAACAACCAACACAGAAUAAUGCUGCUCCUACCGAAGCACAAGCUGAAUCCACCGCAAUGGAAGUGACCAAUGAUGAUAACACAGAAGAUGAUCUUUUUGCUCAAGCAGCUCAGGGGUCAGGGAAUGGCCCUAACGGUUCAGGUGCUGCCGGUGCCGGCGCUGUAGGUUCUGAUGGCAUAGGUGCACCAGGUGCUGCCGGUGGUCAAAGUUCAAUUGGUCUUACGGGAGAAGAUCUUCUUUCUUUAAGAGAAGUAGUCUCAGGUAAUCCAGAAGCAUUGGCUCCAUUAUUAGAAAACUUGUGCACAAGAUACCCACAAUUACGUGAACAAAUAAUGGCUAACCCAGAAGUGUUUAUUUCAAUGCUAUUGGAAGCUGUUGGAGAUAACCUACAAGAUAUUGCUAACUUAGAAGAUGGCGAUUUAGGUGCUGCACAGACUGAAGGUCAAAUUGAAGGUUCUGAACAAGCCCCUCCAUUCAACUUGGAAAUGUCUGAGGAAGAUGAACAAGCAGUUUCUCGUCUAUGUGAACUAGGUUUCGAACGUACAUUAGUUAUCCAAGUAUAUUUCGCAUGUGAUAAGAAUGAAGAGAUUGCAGCUAACAUGCUAUUCACUGAUUACCAGGAAUAG